AUGGCCUCCGAAUCACCCGCCCAGCCAGUCUCUUCACCAUCCCUGGCCUCAGGCAUCCCCAACUUGAAAGACAGAAUCCCCAAGCUCGAGCCUCGCAGGAGGAGACCUGGCCCCUCCAAUCCAACGCCUGUUCCUCAGACUCCCGCCCUCCCCUCACCACCGGACUUGACGGACUGGAGCUUCAAGCUUCCAAGCAGGCGGAUUCUUUCAAAGGAGGACCAUGAUCUGUUUCUAGCUUCUCCAACCUACAACCUCAUCGUGGCGUGGGUUUUUGGCCUGUCUGAGUCGGUGGUUGACACCCCUAAAUCCGCUGUCAGGGAUGAAUCCCUGAGUCAAGGGGCCAAGACGAUUUUGAGCAUCCUAGACCAAGCAGAAGCUUUUGUAUCUCAGUCACCACCAAACGAGCAGGGUGGUUGUCGCUUCGGCAAUAAAGCUUUCAGAGGCUUCCUGGAUCUGGUCAAGGAAAAGACCACAGCAUGGCACGAAAGUCUAGGUCUGCACAACGCUGAUGCCAUCGCCGAGGCAUCUGCUUAUUUUGUCCAGUCAUUCGGCAACCGAAACCGAAUUGACUAUGGAUCAGGACACGAACUUAACUUUAUGAUGUGGCUGCUUUGCCUGUACCAGCUCGGCAUCCUGCAGCGGUCCGACUUUCAGGCUCUUGUUCUGCGAGUCUUUGUUCGCUACCUCUCCUUAAUGCGAGUCGUCCAAAUGGCGUAUUAUCUGGAACCUGCGGGCUCCCACGGUGUUUGGGGAUUGGACGAUUACCAAUUCUUGCCGUUCCUCUUUGGCGCUUCUCAGCUUCUGCACCACCCAUACAUCACACCUCGUGGCAUUCACCAGGACCUCACAGUCGAAGAGUUCGGUGAUGACUAUCUUUAUCUCGGCCAAGUCAACUUCGUCAACAGUACCAAGACCGUCAAAGGUCUACGAUGGCACAGCCCCAUGCUGGAUGACAUUUCGUCUUCCAAGUCAUGGACCAAAAUCGACGGAGGCAUGCGCCGUAUGUUUGUCGCCGAAGUUCUGGGAAAGCUACCAGUGAUGCAGCAUUUCUUGUUUGGUUCUCUCAUCUCCGCUGCCGCUGGUAUGAGCGAAGAAGAUCCGUCCGCUGCCGGCGAAGACAGUGGCGAAGAUCAAUCUAACAACAGUCACACUGGCCACGCACACGAUGGCACGGGCUGGGGUGACUGCUGUGGUAUCAAAGUACCCAGCGCUCUUGCUGCUGCCCAAGAGAUGAAGAAAGGAGGCCAUGUGGAAACUUUACGUAGAAUUCCCUUUGAUUAAUGGCGGGAUGCCACUUAUAUAUUGCAGAACAAUACAUAACUUUGGUUCAGAGGAGAAGAGAUUAUCGCAAGAUAGCCUUGGAUAGGAAUGAGAGACAUCUGAAUCCG